AUUUUGUUGGGCAGCGCUGACUCGGUGGGCCAAAUGGCCUGUUUCCACGUUAUAUCUAUAAACUAAAUUAAACUAACCCCUUGUGCCUGCCUCGUCUCAUUCUGCAGUCAACCUAGUGGCGAUUGUGAUCCUAUCCCGCGGAAAAUGCGGCCUCUCCACCUGCACCACUCGCUACCUGAUGGCCAUGGCAGUGGCCGAUAUAAUGGUUAUUAUCAACGAGGUGAUUUUCCUUCGGAUCAAUGUUCAUUAUUUCCCGGUCUGUUUCCUGUACAUCACGGUUGUGUGUAGCGUUGUCAAUGUGUUCCGUCGCGCAGCCACUGACUGUUCCGUCUGGUUCACCGUCACUUUCACCUUCGAUCGGUAUGUCGCCAUUUGUUGCCAGGAGCGGAAAACAAAAUAUUGCACCGGGAAAACUGCGACUACGGUUCUCGCAACAACCGGCGCACUACUCUGUCUGAAAAACAUUCCCUAUUACUUUACAACGGAAUAUGUCGAAAUCGUGGACAACGUGCAGUGGUUCUGCGUUUGGGCAGCAAGUUAUUUCAUUGAACCCGCUUGGAUUGGAUUUGACUGGUUCGACACGGCUUUGACACCAUUGCUCCCUUUCGCUGUAAUUCUGCUGCUCAACGCUCUGACAGUCAGGCACAUUAUAGUGGCCAGUCGCGUCCGCAAGGCUCUGAGGAGUCAGAGCAAAGGGGAGAACCGCAAUGAUCCGGAGAUGGAGAGCAGGAGGCGGUCUAUGGUUUUACUCUUCAGCCUUUCCGGCAGCUUCAUUAUACUGUGGCUGACAAAUGUUGUAGACUUUGUUUACUAUCAGAUCACAGGAACAGGAACCGACCGCAAUGUCCAACAAUUUAUUUUCAACUAUGCCGGCCACUUGCUGCGGAAUUUCAGCUGCUGCACGAACACCUUUAUUUACAUGGCGACCCAGUGCAAGUUCAGGGAUGAGGUGAGGAGCGGGUUGAAAUAUCCAUUCACCAGGUUUCUCCAGUUCAUCAAUAAAGCCGCAUCCUAAAAACUGCUGACAGAGAGCGUCACUUGUGUAUGUCCACGUUCCACCGUCAAUGCCUCUUCCAGCCGAACGGAGCAUUCAACUGAUGGUCAGCACGGAUUCACCAGUCACCGGCCGCAGAUGCUUUGGCCUCACUCAUUUUUCAACUUAGUACCAAGGGGUUGCGGGUGCAUACUCCAAUGCACCCGCAAUCCACUGGGACUGCAACCUCUGACCGACAAUCCCUGGGGUGACCUAGGAGGUUGAAGGGUGUUCUUGGAGGCUGAUGGAUAAUCUACCAGGCUGAUGGAUGGUCUAAGAGGAUGGGAGCGUUCCUCACUCGAUCCACCUGCAUCACUUGAUUACACUGCCAAACGCUCACAGCUUCAUACAGCAAGGAAAUAGGUCCUUGGGCCCAACUCCUCCAUGUGGACCAAAAUACCCCAUCUGAGCUGUACCUGCAUUUUGACCAAUUUACUCUCCAACUCUUUCCUGUAUAAGUACGCGUCCAAUUGAGUUUCAAAUGUUGUUAUUGUACCUCCUGAUUGAAGCUCUUUCUAUUCCAGUCUGUGCGAAAAGAUUGCCCCUCAGACUCCUACCAAUUACUUCAAUUGUCACCUUAAACCUGUGCCAUCUGGUCCUUGAUUCCCCUACCCUAGAUUCACCCUGUCUAUUGCCUUCUAUAACCCUCAUUUGAUUUACCCCUCCCACACUUCUAGAUACCUUCUGCUUCCUUAAUCGCCCCUCAGCCUUGUAGAACGUCCAAGACAUUGUAGACCAAUGAGCUUCUCAAACCUUGCAGACCACCCAUCAACCUCGUAGACCACCCAUCAGCCUCGUAGAUCACCCUUCAGCCUCGUA